UUAGGUUGGAGAUAAAUGAUCCAUAUACUCCAUAUGAUGUAAUUAGGUGAAUGUAAGAUUGCAUUUGCUAAACUUACUUUCUAUAUGCUUUUAAACCCCGUACUCCUAUUUAUUAAAUUCUCAUUUUUAGUCUUUUGGACGCAUCCAUUCUUUCAAAAUACGGCUGUAACUCUAUUUAUAGAAGCACAUUUUAGCUCCUUCCUCAUAGAGUGAGGGGAAAUAUUGGACGAAAAUUUUCUUUCAAAGUUCAGAGACAAAAUAUACUCCUAUAUAGAUAAGAAAUGAAUGGCGCAUCAUCAAUUGCUCCUCUUGCAGAAAGGCUGAAAGGAAAGGUUGCAAUUAUAACAGGCGGAGCAAGUGGGUUUGGAGAAACCACAGCUAGACUCUUUGUGCAACAUGGAGCCAAAGUUAUAAUAGCCGACGUGCAAGACGAGAAAGGCAUGAUCUUGUGCAACGACAUAAUUGCAUCCAAUAACACCACCAGCCACCAUGGUAAUAACGAUGUAGAACUUAUCUCCUACGUGCAUUGCAACGUAUCCGAUGAGACCGACGUUAAAAACCUCGUCGAUCUCACCAUCUCUAAGCACGGAAAACUCGACAUCAUGUUCAACAAUGCAGGCAUUCCGGGUGAUAUAGACCCUACUAUUGUAGGUGCAACCAUUGAAAAUUUCAAAAAAGUGUUCAACAUUAAUGUUUUUGGUUGUUUCUUAGGGGCUAAGCAUGCUGCUAGGGUAAUGAUCCCAAGUAAAUCAGGUGUAAUCCUCUUCACGUCGAGCUUAGCAUCGUUGGUGGCCGGAGAGUCACCUCAUGCAUACACGAUGUCGAAACACGCGAUAAUUGGAUUGAUGAAGAACUUGUGUGUUGAAAUGGGACAAUAUGGCAUAAGGGUGAAUGCUAUUUCCCCUUGUGGUGUUGCGACACCAUUGCUAAGUAAUGCAUUAGGGAUGGAUAAGGGUGAUGUUGAUGAGUUGCUUUGUGAAUCAGCUGUACUUAAAGGGGUUGCACCUGAAGCUCUAGAUGUUGCUCAUGCAGCAUUGUUCUUGGCUAGCGAUGAGGCUAAGUUUGUGAGCGGUGUGAACUUUGUUAUUGAUGGUGGUUAUAGCGUUACUAAUCCAUCUUUUUCAAUGGCCGUCAAAAAAUUAUUUGCGUAGAAGAGUUCUAUUGUUGAUGGAACUUCAAUAUAGUACUCCAUCUAGGUUACCUUAGAUUAAGCUCUAUUAGGCGAUUUAUGAUUGUGCGCGUCAAUAAAGCAAGCCUAGUCAAACAUUAAACAUUAGGUGAUUAGGUAGUUUCUACUCAUUUCAUAUUUGUAUUUUAGCCUUUAAUUAAAGAAAAAAUUCACAAGAUAGAACUCAAUUAUUA